AUUCGAUAGCACUAAGGCAGACGUACAUUAGACACUGAGCUACUGUACAGCACCAUCAUGAUCUCAGAAUGGGUCUCAUGUAUGAUGUUUUACCUGCUUGCUGCUGUUUUCUGUGCGGUUCUUACAUAUUGUAUGUAUGUUCAUCAUGUUCAUCAGAAAUAUGAUCAUAUACCUGGACCUCCAAGAGACAGUUUUCUGCUGGGGCAUAUUCCAACUUUUUCCAGAGGGGCGAAAUCGGAUAACCUUGUACAGGACUUAUUUCUUCAGUGGGCAGAAAAAUAUGGCCCUGUCUACAGGCUGAACAGUUUUCAUUAUGUUGUGAUCAAAGUCCAUUGUCCAGAGGCUACAAAGACAAUCCUGAUGUCACCUAAGUAUACCAAAGAUCCCUUUGUCUACAAACGCCUCUUUAACUUGUUUGGAAAACGGUUCCUUGGAAAUGGGUUAGUGACGGCUAUGGACCAUGACGACUGGUACAGGCAGCGUCGCAUCAUGGAUCCAGCCUUUAGCAGCACAUACUUACGAAGCUUGAUGGGCACUUUUAAUGAGAUGUCUGAGCGCCUAAUGGACCAUUUGGAGGAAAUAGCCGACACGAAAACACCUGUCAUCAUGCAUGACCUGGUCAACUGUGUCACACUCGACGUCAUUUGCAAGGCGGCUUUCGGUGUUGAUUUGAAUUUGUUCAAGCAAACUGACAGCCCCUUCCAGAAAGCAGUAGAGCAGUGUUUAAAGGGCAUGGUGUUCUAUCUCAGAGACCCAUUUUUUACACUUUUUCCCAAGAAUUGGAAGACUGUACAACAAACUAAAGAUGCAACUGAACUCCUGCGUAAAACGGGAAAGAAAUGGAUACAAAAAAGGAAGACAGCAAUAGAAAAUGGAGAAGACGUCCCCAAAGACAUUCUCACACAAAUCCUCAAAACAGCAGAGGAGGAAAACGUUAAUAACACAAAAGAUCAUGAGCUGAUGUUGGACAAUUUUGUGACUUUCUUCAUUGCUGGGCAAGAGACAACAGCCAAUCAGCUCUCAUUUGCAAUCAUGGAAUUAGGGAGACAGCCGGAGAUAUAUAAACGGGCUAAAGCAGAGGUGGAUGAAAUUCUUGGCACAAAAAGAAACAUUUCAUAUGAAGACCUUGGAAAAUUCACUUACUUGUCUCAGGUGUUGAAGGAAACGCUGCGUCUGUACCCAACUGCUCCAGGGACCAGCCGCUGGCUACAUGAGGACAUGGUUAUAAAUGGGCUGAAAAUCCCAGGGAGCUGUGCGGUUAUUUUCAGUUCUUAUGUUUCCCAAAGACUGGAAAAGUUUUUUAAAGAUCCGUUGAAGUUUGAUCCAGAGAGAUUUGAUGUGAACGCCCCAAAGCCUUAUUACUGCUACUACCCAUUUGCACUUGGUCCACGAACCUGUCUAGGGCAGGUUUUCUCACAGAUGGAGGCAAAAGUUGUGCUUGCCAAACUGCUUCAGAGAUUUGAGUUCAGUCUGGUUCCUGAACAGUCUUUUGACAUUAAAGACACAGGAACUCUACGGCCCAAGAGCGGAGUAAUCUGCAACAUUAAACACUGCUCAUAGGACAUGUUUAUGGCCCUUGUUUUGUAGCAAUUCUUGUGUACUUAUGCCUGCAUACAUCAUCUUGUAUUAUUCAAACAUUAACCAAAAAGAGUCUCAUCAUUGCGAGAGUUUUUUGACAUAUGUCAGCAUGACAUCAGAGCAAGUCAGACAACACUCGGACACAUUUCUAACCAGCAUGAAUCUCGUGGUGAUCUGUUCUGUGGUUUGUUCAUCUGAAAUGAGCCUUUUGUGUUUCCUCUCAUUUUUUCCUUAUUUGCAAUGAUGAUACUGUGUUUUGGAGUUAAUAACUGCAAGUUUUAUAGCUGCUCUAAGUCUAAAAUAAGUCUACUACUAUUUUUUAACCAAUUGCAAUCAACUAGACCAUUAUAAUGGUAAUUUUAAAAGUCUGACAUAGUGACAUGUUAGCCUUCUCAGUUUGAAGGAUGCUUGUAAGGUAGCCUUUGUUUCAUGACUCUCAGCUGUGUGUUUAGAAGGCUGCAUUCUUCACAUCCUCAAAUCACCUACAAUCCUUUUCAUAUAUUCCAAUUGACAUUUAAAAUGUUUGAAGACUGUUCAGCACUGAUCUCAUCUAAGUUUUUGAUGAAAU